AUGAUGGACUCUAGCCAAGAUACUACAUCAGCUGUCAGGAUCGCCGACUUGCCCUUGGACGUCCUUCGACAAAUCUUCGCGGUCUUCGAGCCAUCAUACGGUAAAAGAAAUGGCAAGAUUGAUUUCCCCGCUCUGAAUUCAUUCUUCGGCAGCGACGAAUAUCGCACUAUAAAGAAUGCACGACUGGCCUGCUGGGCGUUGAAUGUCGCUUCCAGCCCACUGCUCUGCCCAAUUCUACACCUUUCCCUCGACCAUGCAUCUCUAGAACGUGCUAAGAAUCUAUGCUCGAAUCCUCUGAUUCUCUAUGGCAUUCAAGGGGUCCAAAUAUGUCUGGCCUAUCGGCCAAGCGAGACGGCCAAUGGCCUGCAACGAUAUAAGGACUUCCGGCUGAAAGAACUUCAGAGUAUUUACGACACCAACGGGAGGUCUGCACAGGGAGUAGAGGACAACCUAGAGGGAUCCGGCGCCUUUGACUUUUCAACGCUUCGGCGUGCGUGGAAUGUCGGUUCAAAUAGCAAACACGUUUUGUCGGACGAAGAAGAAUCAUAUCAGGAGCUUCUCGAAAAGUCAUAUGAGGCGUACAAGGAGCAUCACGAGGCACAGUUAAGGCUCGUCUCAGAGAAGAUCUUUGUGUCCACGGUGGCAUCGCUCGUCUCAAGACUGCAUCAUCCGCUCUCCCUACACCUCGUCAGCUAUCCAUAUCCACCUCGUGCGCCCGGAUCCCCGAUGCCAUUAGCAAGCCGUUCCAACUUCCUCCAGUUUAUGGACGCGCCGCAUGACUGGGAUAGCAUUGAAAAACUGGCAAACGGACCAAGCGCAUUCAAUCUAAGUAAACUUCUCGUGGACCUCCCAAUCGCCUGCCACGAAGCAGGGGCCGCUCCUCAGCAUAUGAAAAUAGACUGCUUCCCAUUAUCUGGCCAUUCAAUAGGAAAAGCUCAAAGUGAGGACUUCGACUGGAAAGGACUGGGCGCUGCCUUUCAAAGGAUCGAAACAUUCCAGUUUGGCCCCUCAUUCCGCCACCGAAAGAAUCCCUUUACGAGACGAUUCCGGUCUACGCUCGACCAAGGCUUUGUCGACAAACUACUUGGAGCUGCUACUUCAAGUCCCAGCCUAAGUCAUUGCAGCCUAAAUAUGGAUCGUUUCGGAUUGCGUGGCGGAGGUUGGACGAAGCACGGUGUUCUGACUUUCAACUACAACGUCGACGCUGUUGUAUCCCGAAUUUGCUCCCACGGCUUGAAAGUCUUGAAAUUGGGGUAUGCUUCCCUGGAAGAGAGGAGCUUAGAGUGGCUGUGUGAAAACAUAGCCGAGGAACCAGAAGCCCUCGAGCUGAGUAAUGUUCGCUUUACGAACGGACGUAAUUCGGUGGCCAUCUUGGAUCAAUUGUCUGUCAAACUCGCCAAUGCCAUAUCGGAGGGGAAGUGCAGGAUUGUUUUCUUAAACCUGUCAUAG